AUGCAGUAUGAAUUAAGGAAACUGGAGAGGCGGGCUUGGGAUGGACGAUCGAACACCCAAACCUGGGAAGCAAGAUCCGGGGCUCGGAGGCGCGCAAACUCAUCGGAUCCCCCCCCCCCUCCUAGCGGAAGCUGUCGCCAUGAAAAGAGCCCUUCGCCAUGCAAUAGAUCUAAAUCUCACAGAAGUGGCCGUCUUCUCCGAUUCACAGGAACUCAUCAAGACAAUCAAUGGUGA